UGGGUCGGCGUAACAAACCCCGCGGAGCUCUUGUAGGGUCCGGAAGAAGGACUGCAAGCAUGGUGGGUGUAUUUACUCCUCAUGUUGUGUUUUCUGCGCGAGUCCGGGUGCAACGCAGCAGCGUCGUCCGUCAUAAAAUCAGAGUUCGGCGCUGGAAUGAGCCCCGUCCCGGCGCAGACCUGCAGCCGCCGCUGACGCCGCUCCGCGUGUGUGACUUGUGACUCCGUUUGGCUGCGGUUUUCUGGGCUGACUAAUAGUAAGACUAUUGCUGGAGGAGAAAAAUCCAUACAGCACAAACAUGGGUGAUGCGAGUCUGGAGCAAGAUGAGAAUACACAAAAAACAAAACACAACGGCUCUCUGGAGCUUCUCCCAGAGCCACUGCUCAUAAUCAUGUCCCCACCUCCUCCUUAUUUACCUGUGCCCAGGGAACCAACUGUCUCUUGGCAUAAGUGGAUUAAAGCUUUUGAACAGUACGUCGAAGUACUUGGUGAGAACAAGCUUGUGGACUCCACAAAGUGUGCGCUUUUACAGAACUGCCUGGGCCCAGAGGGGCAGCGUAUCUUCACAUCACUGAUCCAGGGUGAAACAACAUACACAGCAGCCAUUUCAGUGCUGACAGAUUAUUUCAGCUCUGAUGGUAGAUCUCAGAUGUCUCGUCUCAAAUUUCAUCAGAGAGCCCAGAUGCCUGGAGAGACUUUGGAUGAGUUUGUUUCUGCCUUAGAAGAACUGCUGACUCACUGCAACUAUGGAGACUUGAAAGAAAAACUUUUACUGAAUCAUCUGAUUGCAAAAACAAACUGCCCACAGCUCAGAGACAGGCUUCUGUCAGAGAAAGACACUCUGACCUUGGCUAUGGCAUUGGUUAUCAGUAAAGAGGUUGAAUCUGCUUUAAAUGAAUCCGAACCCUUAGGUGUUCAUGAGGUCAGUGUGGACAUUGGAGAUGAUUUAGAUCCUCCUGCCAAAAAAAAAUCCAGAAGAGGACGGCCUCGGCGUGGAGAGGAAAGGUCAAAAACACAACCGGCUUUGAACAAGGCUCCCACAAAACCCUCCAGCUACAAAGACAACUACUAUUACAGCAACGAUAUGUUAUAUUAUAGUGAUAGUGACGACCCUAGUCUGGGUGAAACCAGAAAUAAUGUUCAUAAUGGGGCCUCUUCAACACCUCAGAGGGUAACGUCAGAAAGCUUUCACGAGACCUGUGGUGAUUGUAAUUCUGAUGAUGAAGACUUUGUUUUAUCCCACACCAACUCAAAAGGGCCCGUCUGUCCUAUCUGCGUUGACCGCCACUUUAGAGAUGGGAACAAGCUCGCCAGACACAUGAAGACGCACACAAAAGAGAAACCGUUCAGCUGCCCCAUCUGCUCUAUGUCCUUCAGCCAGUCGUACCACAUGAGUCGCCACCUGAGGAACCAGCACAGUGCCGAGCGGCACAUCUGCAACGCCUGUGGGAUGAGUUUAGCAAGCUUUGCAGAGCUGGAAAGUCACAAGAAGACGCAUAUGCCUCAAGGUAUGUCAUCUUUGGAUGGUGCAGAUACUGGAGACCAUUCAGACACACCCCUACAAAGAAAGAGAGGACGGCCUCCGCGUGGAGAGAAGAGGAUAAAAGCAAAACCAAGCUUGACAAAAGCGCCAACAAAACCGUCGUCACACAAAGACAAUCCUUGCAGUGAUAAUUUGUUUUGUGACGAUAAUGAAGAUGUAUCCAAGAGUGCGGAUGAGACUAGUCUGGAUGAAACCAGCAAUUAUCUUGAUGGUGAUAGUAAUGAGGCCUCAUCAUCAUCAUCAUCACAAACGGUGGUUGAGGAAACCUGUGAUAAAUCUAGUAAGCACAGUGGUGGAAAUAAUGUGGUUGUUGAGGGUGACAAUAAUGAAGACUUAGUCAGUACUUCAACCAAAGGUCCUCACUGUCCUAUCUGUAACAGACACUUCAGAAAUGCCCACAAACUUGCCAGACACAUGAGGAUGCACACGAAGGAGAAGCCGUUCCGCUGCCCUAUGUGUGCGAUGCCCUUCAGUCAGUCGUACCACAUGACCCGCCACCUGAGGAACCAGCACGGUGCAGACCAACAUGUCUGCUCUGUCUGUGGGAUCAGUUUUGGGAGCUUUGCAGAGCUAAAAAGUCACAAAAGGAAGCACAUUUCUGAGUUUUUGUCAUGUCCAAACUGUAAUGAAAAAUUCACUGAUGAUGUUGCUUUUUUAAGCCACAUCAAAACACAUGACAAAACUCAAUCAGAGACUGGGAGACAGAGCUUCCAGCAAAUAAAUCAAGGUGUAAUUCAUUUGAGUAAAAAUGUGGGUGGUGAUUGCAAUGACAAUGUUGCUGAAGGUGAUGCAGAUUCUGGUGGAGGCGAUUCUAUAGAUGACGAGUCUAACGUUAUUAAGACAGAAGACAAAGGAUCUGAUAAAGCUAAAUCUGGAGGCAAUAAGGCUAAAAUGGUCUUUUCUAAGAGAAAAACAAAAGGUCAUUACUGUCCCAUCUGUGUCAACAGGUGCUUCAGAGGAUCAAACAAACUUGCCAGACACAUGAGAACGCACACAAAGGAGAAACCGUUUACUUGCCCUGUCUGUUCUCUAACCUUUAGCCAGUCCUACCACAUGACCCGACACCUGAGGAAGCAGCACGGCUUGGGCCAGUACAUCUGCCCCAAAUGUGGGAAAAAUCUAAGUAGCUGGCUAGAACUGAAAGCUCACAAGAGGACUCAUGCAGUGGAAGGCCUGACAUGUCUUGCGUGUGAAAAACAGUUCAGAGACAAAGCAACACUUGUGAAUCAUCUUAAAUUACACAAGAAGGUCCAGCAGUCCAGUCCUCGAAGCCUCAUCUGUGGAGACUGUGGCAAAGUGUUUGGUCGCAUGUAUCAUUUGAAAAGACACAUAAUGACCCAUCGUAAAGCAGCAAAUAGUGAACGUUACAAGUGCCCUGACUGUCAGAAGAACUUCGCCUUUCCACAAGACCUUAACAAACACAUGGAAAUUCAUCUGAAGGAGAACAAUGGGACCUGUCCAAAAUGUGACCAAACCUUUAACAGCCCAGAGGAACUGGAGGCGCACAUGGGAGUUCAUGAAAAGUCCUACGCUUGUAACACCUGUGGGAAGAAGUUUAAGGUGGAGUAUGCGCUGAAGAAACAUGAGCAAAGCCACCAACACGAACAGUAUUAUUGUGCAAUGUGCUGCAAGCACUUCAUUAAGCUUUCACACUACAAGAGGCAUAUAUUGGUCCACGACAGGCGAGAAUCCAAGUGUCCUUACUGCGACAGCGUUUUUCUACAGCUGACAGCGUUGAAAUAUCACUUGCGGACCCAUACAGAAGAGAGACCCUACCAGUGCACCUGCUGCAUCGAGACCUUCGAAGACAAGGGCAUGUUGGAGCAACAUUGCCUCAAACACAGGAAGUUAAAGAAGGAGAGGCCGUACUCAUGCACCAGGUGCGAUUAUGCUUUUGCUACACUGAUGGAGCUAACGGAGCACAUGACAAUGCACGAGGGAGAGCAGCCACAAAACUGCCCCAUCUGUGGGAAGACCUUCCUGAACAAGAAUAAGCUAGAAAAGCACUUGACCAUCCACACCGGGGAGCGACGCCACCUGUGCUCCAUCUGCGGCAACGGCUUCCCCUCAGCCGCCAGCCUCAAGCUCCACAUGCACGUCCACACAGGCGAGAAAUCCUUCCAGUGUCCGCAGUGCAGCAAGUGUUUCAGGUCAAACAGCAGUCUGCGGCUGCACAGCAGACAACACUGGGAGGUGCGGCCCAGCUACAAGUGUCCCGACUGUGGCAGAACUUACGGCCGCAUGACCGAGCUGAAGAUGCACCAGCGGUACCACACUGGAGACAAACCAUACGCAUGCACCUGCUGCAGCAAACGCUUUAUUAGCAAAGACAAACUGAAUGUUCACAUGAGGAUUCACACCGGGGAAAGACCGUACUCCUGCCCUCACUGUGGCCAGACAUUUACACAGACUGGGGACAGAAAUAGACACAUAAGUAAAUGCCACUAAUGUGAUACCACACUAACUCAGUCACUGCAUUUCCAAUUGAAGUGUUACUCUAGAUGAUGUUGCUUUUAAAUAAUCAUACUGCCUUUUUUGCAUGUUUAUAUGGGCAAGUAGCAUAAGAAUAUAUUCAGAUGCGAAUUUGCCAUAUUGUAAAGGAGGAAUAAGAGUCCAAACUAUACUGAAAGCCUAACAUAAGCAGAUGUAACCUACUUUAAGCACUACAUUUAUAAAGAUGUUUGUUCUUAAAUUUACUAAAACGAAGAAUGUUCAGUCAACAUCUCUUCCAAUACACAUGAAGCAAGUUGAAAUAUAAAUCUGCUUUCCACACUUGAUCAUUUUAGAUUAUUGGUGCUACAAACAUAUUUAACAUAAACAAAAACCAGCUAUGUGUAAAAGACAUUGAAGUUUCAGAUGUAAAGUUAUCAUUCUGGAAUUUUCCUAAAUUAGGUGAUUUUUUUGUUUACUGCUUUGUGAAUUUGCAGGAAGUAAAUCAGCCACCUAAUGCAGCAGACUGUCCAAUAAGAACUGUGAUUUAUGAUUUUAAUGUCUUGUAUGACUUGAAAAGCCAAGGAAAGCAGUGCAUUUUGUACCUAAUGAUUGUUGGGGGAGGACGUGUAAAAUGCUGUAUUGUGUCAAAGGUUGUGCAGUAUUACUAAAUUAUUUUGCCUUGCUGUUUUCUGCAAGCUUCAUUACCUGAAUCAACAAAACACUUCAGUCCUCUUUAACACAAGCUCUUGCAUGAGGGUGCAGCUUAUCUCACUCACCUCUGGCCAGCAUGUGGAAUUUUCACAUCAAAUUUUGCCAAAAAGUCUGCCGCCAAUACAAUCAUAGUGACACUAAUUGAUUAGUUGUCGUGUUCUUUCUUUUAUUUUAUUUAUUUUUUUGUUUCAAUGUAACCAAACAUUUUGUAACUGUUCUAUAAAAUAAAGCAGUUAUUCACACGA